GAGGGAGAGAGGGAGGAAGAGAGGGAGAGAGGGAGGAAGAGAGGGAGAGAGGGAGGAAGAGAGGGAGAGAGGGAGGAAGAGAGGGAGAGAGGGAGGAAGAGAGAGUGAGGAAGAGAGAGUGAGGAAGAGAGAGUGAGGAAGAGAGAGUGAGGAAGAGAGAGUGAGGAAGAGAGAGUGAGGAAGAGAGAGAGAGGGAGUGAGGAAGAGAGAGAGAGGGAGUGGGUGAGAGAGUACAGAGGAGGAAUAGUUAAAUUUCUUAGAAGUAUUGUCCAGCAGCCUUCGAACCUGAAAACAAAGCUGCUCACAGGAGAGAAAGAGGAAUAAAAAGCAAGAGGAAUAAAAAGCAGGAGGGAUGAAGAGAGAGAGGAAUAAAAAGCAGGAGGGAUAAGAGAGAUUUUCCCUGCCAGAAUUGGUGUCUGGCCAUAGAUCAGGGGUUCUUAACAGAACUUUGCUAUAUUAAGCUCUGCAGAUAAUCUAACUCUGUUGUAUCGACCCGUCACUGCUCUGUUUUGGCAGUGUGUGUGUGUGUGUGUGUGUGUGUGUGUGUGUGUGUGUGUGUGUGUGUGUGUGUGUGUGUGUGAAUCAGCACUGUGUGUGUGUGUCAGCCCUGUGUGCGUGUGUGUCCCUUCUGAUCUACUCGUUGGCAGCUGAUAGGGUUUUUAUGGGCCCGUGUCAGGCAAGAGAGGCUAGUGAGCUACUGCCCCGACAGACAAGCUGAGACGCGCACACACACACACCACUCAGACUCGCACACUCUGUGCCAUUUACAGGCAGUAGAGUAGGUUUCUACUCCAACACGUGCGAACACACACAGACACAUGAGGGUAGGCCCCUUGAUGCAGUAACUCAUACCACCUGAGUGUCUGUGUCAAUAGACAAUCACAUUCUGAGGUUGUAUGUGGAAUCUCCAUGGUGCUCAAAGAUGAACAACUGGACUUAAGUGCCAUGCUACAUUAGUUGACAUGCUGAUGUGCUCAAACAGCAGUUUUCAGAACAGCUGCUGCAUACUUGAUCACAAAAAUCCUUUUGGAUUCUGUCUAUUGGAAAGUGGCAUUCAUUUCUGUGGAUUGAAAGUCAUAAAAUGGUGUAAGACUGACAGCGUAGACACCAAACAACUCUGAGUAUCACUCCAUCAGUGUGCUGGGUUAGACUCUUAGAGAGUGAUCCCCUCUGAUCUUCAAUCGCUCCUCUUGCUGCUCUCCUCUGUCUUGUAGAUGAAGGUGUUUCUUGCGCAGUGUCUGCCCCACUGCCUGACAAUGACGGGAGGAAAUAAAACAGGGCGGACGGACAGACAACGGUCACUGAGAGGGAAAGAAAGACGAGCGUGUUUUUGAGUGAGAGACUGAUAAUACAGAGAAAGAGAGAAUGAACCACCGUUGUUGUUCAGACUGAAUCACACCAGAGAGUGUGGACUUGUUAGAGAAACACUGAAAUAACAUUGAACAUCUCAGAUCCAUGAUGGAGCUGGUCCCUAAAACUAAGUACACUCACUUCCGGAGUGAAUCUCUCAGUUCGAAUGACGAUACCAACUCCAACCCUUUCUCCCUCCCCCCUUCCACCCCCGCAACCCCCCUCACCCCUCCUGGGCUACCCUCCUCCCUCUCCUCCUCCUCUCUCACCCCCAUCCUCCCCCCUUCCUCCCCCCGCCGGGCCGAGAACAGCCCCACCACGCUCUGUUCCUUCUUCCCCAGGAUGGGAGCCCUUCGCCUGGGUGUCUCUGCUACUCUACUCCCAGGCCUCAAGGUCUCCAGCAGGCCUCAGCGGGCUCAAUCCCCCUUGGGGUCUUCAGGGGGUAACAGUUCCAGCUCUCCCACUCCUCACCCCCCUCCCUGUCUAACAGCCCCCUCUCCCCCCCAUCGCCCCCCUCUGCAGGAUAUGAACCGGCUGGGUGGUGCGUCCAGGAGGGCGCGGGUGGAGGGGGGGCAGCUGGGGGGAGAUGAGUGGACGCGCCACGGCUCCUUCGUCAACAAGCCCACCAGAGGAUGGCUACACUCAGACCACGUGGUCAGCACCACUGGGGUUGCCUACUCAGUACGGUAUAUGGGCUGUGUGGAGGUGCUACAGUCUAUGAGGGCACUGGACUUCAACACCAGAACUCAGGUCACCAGAGAGGCUAUCUCAGUGGUGUGUGAGGCAGUGCCUGGAGCCAAAGGAGCCCAACGCAAGAGAAAGCCGUCGUCUCGCUGUAUGACGUCCAUUCUGGGGAAACGUAACCUGCAGUUUGCUGGGAUGACCAUCAGCCUGACGGUAUCAACCAGCAGCCUCAACCUGCUGGCCUCCGACUGCAAACAGAUAAUUGCAAAUCAUCACAUGCAGUCCAUCUCUUUCGCUUCUGGAGGAGACCCAGACACAGCAGAGUAUGUAGCAUACGUGGCCAAAGACCCAGUCAACCAGAGAGCGUGUCAUAUCCUGGAGUGUUCGGAGGGCUUGGCCCAGGAAGUCAUCAGUACGAUAGGGCAGGCCUUCGAACUGCGCUUCAAACAGUACCUGAAGAACCCCCCCAAACUGGUCACCCCCCAUGACAGGAUGGCUCCGUUUGACGGUUCAGCGUGGGAGGAAGAGGAAGAUGAGGGAGCACCACCGCCUACAGAUGUUCCGUACUAUAAUAACUUCCCCGGGAAACAACCUCCUCCUGGGGGACUGGUGGACAUGAGGGCCCGCCCUGGGGCUACGCUGCCCUAUGGACAGCCGGGUCAGAAUGAUAUUCACAAGCAGCCGCUUCCCCCUCUACCAAUGGGAGCAAAGGAGGGAGGACGGGACCUGUGUGAUGACCCCUCAUACGUCAAUGUGGAUAAACCCCGCCCCACAACAGCUGCAGCCAAUGGCAACGCUCACAGAGAUGCGUUCGACAUGAAGCCGUUUGAUGAUUCCCUGGGUGUAUCAGGUCUGGGGGUCUCAGCGGCGCCCCCUCUGGUGGAACAGCUGCAGUGCGAGGCCUGGUUCCACGGCAGCCUGAGUCGCAGGCAGGCUGAGAGACUGCUGACCCGUGACGGAGACUUCCUGGUCCGAGAGUCAGGCACCACCCCUGGACAGUACGUCCUCACUGGACAACAGGGGGGUCAGCCCAAACACCUACUACUGGUCGACCCAGAGGGAGUGGUACGUACCAAAGACCACCACUUUGAGAGUGUGAGCCACCUGAUCAGUUACCACAUGGACAACAGACUGCCCAUCGUAUCAGCAGGCAGUGAGGUGUGUCUGCAACAACCAGUGGAGCACAGGGCCUGAACACACACACAAAUACAGCAAUGCAACACACACACACACUCUCAGAAACACUACACACAUAAGCAGUGCUGACCACAUUAAGGAAAGCCAAAAAAACACCUCUGUCACUCUUUCUGCCAAAAUCAUUUGUUCUCUGCUUUUCCUCACACCCUCCUCUCCUCCUGGACGACUCACUGUUACCUCCGUGAUCCCUCCUUCUGUUCAUCCUUCCGUCAUCGAGGUCCACCUCCAUUCCUCCAUCCCUCCAAAGAACGUGGGAGUAACAUCUAGGAACACUUUUUAUUUUCCUUCUCAGUGGGACAGAAAUAAUACAAUUGAGUAAAAAAUGUAGCAUUAUUAAUUAAAUCAUGCCAUAGAAUGAUUCAGAAAUGAUACAAUCAUAGUAAAGGAGGACCUUGGAGGGGAGGAGUGAAACGUAGAGAGAGGGAUGGGGGGGAGAGGUCUUGAUCCAGACAUGGCAGAGGAAACAGUUUCUCUCACCGUCACAGAAGCACUCCAAAGACUUGUCUGAUGAUUGGACUCAUCAGAGAGCUCGGACAUGGACCCUCCAAUCAGAUAUCAGUGGAACACAGGAACAGCCAAUCAAAUAUCAGUGGAACACAUGAAUAACCAAACAUGACUGAGAUCAGGCCUCCUGUUAAUAUGCAUAGACAUACAUUUUUGUGUCCACACCAAUCAGGGCCCUCGCUCACCCUCAAGCCACUCCCAUUAAAAUACUUUUCAUCUUUGACCAUUGACCCCCUGAGUGAUACCCGGUGAUGUCACGGAGGACGUCUCUGUAUGCAAAAAGGGGGUUGCUAUGCCAACAACCAUUGUCUCCGUCUGUCCAAAUAUGGACACGGUUUCUUUCCGGCCUCCGAAGGUGGAGUUUGAUAAAAGGAUGUGAUUCAUGCCCAUCCGACAUCCGCCUGUCUGUCUGCAAUGGACUGGUCUCCCUGUCUGUCUACAAUGGACUGGUCUCCCUGUCUGUCUGCAAUGGACUGGUCUCCCUGUCUGUCUGCAAUGGACUGGUCUCCCUGUCUGUCUGCAAUGGACUGGUCUCCCUGUCUGUCUGCAAUGGACUGGUCUCCCUGUCUGUCUGCAAUGGACUGGUCUCCCUGUCUGUCUACAAUGGACUGGUCUGUCUGCAAUGGACUGGUCUCCCUGUCUGUCUGCAUGGGACUGGUCUCCCUGUCUGUCUGCAAUGGAAUGGUCUCCCUGUCUGUCUGCAAUGGACUGGUCUCCCUGUCUGUCUGCAAUGGACUGGUCUCCCUGUCUGUCUGCAUGGGACUGGUCUCCCUGUCUGUCUACAAUGGACUGGUCUCCCUGUCUGUCUGCAAUGGACUGGUCUCCCUGUCUGUCUGCAAUGGACUGGUCUCCCUGUCUGUCUGCAAUGGACUGGUCUCCCUGUCUGUCUACAAUGGACUGGUCUGUCUGCAAUGGACUGGUCUCCCUGUCUGUCUGCAAUGGACUGGUCUCCCUGUCUGUCUGCAUGGGACUGGUCUCCCUGUCUGUCUGCAAUGGAAUGGUCUCCCUGUCUGUCUGCAAUGGAAUGGUCUCCCUGUCUGUCUGCAAUGGACUGGUCUCCCUGUCUGUCUGCAAUGGACUGGUCUCCCUGUCUGUCUGCAUGGGACUGGUCUCCCUGUCUGUCUGCAAUGGACUGGUCUCCCUGUCUGUCUGCAUGGGACUGGUCUCUCUGUCUGUCUGCUCUGAUCAUGACAAAGAAAGUGGACUUGGUUGGACUGGGGCAGCAGAAACCAUGGAGAUGACUCCUACACCAACAUACAGUGUGUUAGUCUGUAUCUGUCAUGUGUACCUUCAUUGGGUGUAUAGUGUCUUUACAUAGAGAUGGGUGGAGAGAAGACUGGGAAGGGGCAGGGGGGAGGUUCCACAUCUAGAGAUGUCAUCAGACUUAGACACGAUGUCAUCUGAAAGAGCUCAAAACCAAUUCUACGACGAUGUCAGUCAACCCAAAUGCGGCUGUCACAAUUUAAUCGGUACUGUGUUGGAAUUGUAGUUCAGAUUAUUGCCAAUAUUUUCUUGCUUUUCAAUGGAUUUGUUGUUAAUAUCUGUUUGCCUUGACAAUCUAUAGCCAUGUUUCUGUCUGGACGGGUAGGGGGUGGAGAGGUUGGUGGGCAUACUGGAUGAAGUGUGUUUAAUGCCGAAAACAUUCGAUCCAGAGCAUUCAAAGCAAUGAUUUUCUCUCCUCUCCAAAUGUGCUGCAACACUUGGUCAGGAGAUUAGCUUUUAGCGUUAGCAUUAGCGUUAGCAUUAGUGUGUGAUGUGUUUCUUCUCAGCUGACUGCAGGGAAAACUGUUAUCAGCACUGUUCACAACGGAAUCUGGGAGCUUCACGAACGUUGGUCAGACGUUGGACUUUGACGUGUUGUUUUCCUUGGAAUUAGAAGAUAGUAGAGGGAGAGAAAGUGGAGGAAUCAUCCUCUCCCUCCUUCUCUUCAUGAUAUUUUUUGUAUCUUUUACUCGUGCCUUGUUUCUUCGAUGCAGUCACCUCAGUGCAGUCUGUCACCUAAUGUACUGUGCUUAUUGUACAGUCAGUUGAUGUACCUAAUCCAAAUGUAGUGGAUCCUGUCACAUGGUCUCUCAGUCCAUCAAAGACUGCAAAAAGGACACUGACUCUCACCACCCAGGUCCAGUGAUGGCAAUCUGCUCCUCUAUUGCACAUUUGUUCUUACUUCCUGUUGUCACUUGUUGUUGUCACGGUUGCUCGAUGUCGCAGCUCUCAUUGGAGGGAUUUCCACUCCACCUGUAAAUAACAUCAGAUCUGAUUGGUCGGUUUGAGUUCUUGGUUCUGAAAUUAAAGUCUUUAUUGUUUAGAUUUUAUUAAUAAAAUGGGUGGGACAGAACCAGAUACUGUAUUUCAUAUAUAAUACUCACAGAAUACUUUUCUCUCUGAAUCCAAGUCAUUUUGAUUCUAGCCAAUGAACCAUGUCCAGAUUUUUGAGGGUGGCUGAAACCAAACUGUAAACGUGGAAGUGAAGAGUAAACUGGGAUCUGCCACCUGCUGUACAAAAUAUUUCAGUCUCAUCAGGAGGGUUCCAGAAAUCCUGGUUGGAGGAUUCAUGGAAUUCCUGUUAAUUCGCUCGUGUAAUUCUAGGAUUAUUUUAACCAGGAUUUCUGGAAAACCGGGGAAUUUGGGGAAAGUUAUCUGAAUUCUGCAACUCUAGUCAUGAGAAAGGGUUCUCUGAGCCUGGACAGGUAACUGUUUUAUUCAUCUUUCUCAUCGUGCUUCUGUGUGUUUGUGUUGUGAGAGAGGAUGUGUGGAUGAUCAGAGUUUAUGGUUGGGAGUGUAGGGGGUUGUGUAGUUCUUACAUGGUGGCACAUGUGCUCUGUGUGAGGCCUUUGCUUCAUUCUGUCACAAACACACAGGAGGGACAGCUGUGUUAGACACCGACUGUUUAAGUGACUAUAGGUCCUGGAUAGGCAACAAGGAAACUAGUAUACAAGCCCCAAGGUGUGUGUGUAAAAGGAAUAAUCUAUCCUCUACAUUAUUUGUGAAGCAUUCUAGCGUUGCCAUUGUUCAUCACAGUUGCCUUUGUUGCAUGGAAAUCAUUUUUUACAGUUUCUACAUUGUUGUUUUGAUGUACUUUUUGAUUUGAGUUUUGAAAGCCAAAGGGUUAUUUUCAAUUAUCCUUCACAAAUAUUGAUUUACUUUUUUACUUUUUACAGCUCUGUUGUAAUACUCUUGUUCUUUUGGGGGGAAAUACAUCUGUUUACACCUGUAUCUGAAAUCACAGAUUGCAUAUAUCAUGAAUCUUUCUUGGUGAGUUUGGUUUUAAAAUGCAGUUUCUGGAUUUA